AUGUUUUGGGUGCCUUUACCAUGUGAAGGAAUUAAGUUUCCGAGCGCGUUUUGCGACUCUGCCCUACUAACAUUUCAAGCAAUCACUUUUAAGCGAUUUUGUUAUUUUGAUCAACCAUCUACACGGUGUUUUUCGCAAUAUUUACCCACAUAUUCAAACCUACAAUCACAAGAAGAAUCUUCAACGUCUUCUACAACUCACAUUUCCACCAGUCACAAUAAUAACAACGUUUAUUACAAUAGUCGGUCCAAUUUGUUGGCUAUUAAAAAUAAAGACAAAAAAAAAUUGCUUAUAAAGUCCCCAAACAAUCCUAUAAAAAUGGAGGAAUCCGUUAAAUUAUUGUAUCCUGGUUCUGAUCAAGUAAUAAUCCUUCCAAAAUUUUACAGUGACGCAAAUGUGAAUAAGAAAUCGGAUUACUGGGAUUAUGAAAACUUCACUAUUGAGUGGAACAACCCUGAUGGAUACCAAAUCACGCGAAAGAUAGGGAGAGGGAAGUAUAGUGAAGUUUUUGAGGGAAUUUGCGUUGAUACUGGUGAUAAAUGUGUCAUCAAAAUUUUAAAACCUGUCAAGAAGAAGAAGAUUAAACGCGAGAUUAAGAUACUGCAAAAUCUCUGCGGCGGCCCAAACAUAAUCAAGCUAUUAGACAUAGUCAAAGAUCCACAAAGCAGAACCCCAUCUUUGAUAUUUGAGUAUAUUGAUAACACAGAUUUCAAGACUUUAUACCCUACUUUAAGUGAAGAUGAAAUUAAAUACUACAUGUACCAGCUGCUUAAGGCGGUUGAUUAUUGUCACAGUCAGGGGAUCAUGCAUAGGGAUGUAAAACCACAUAAUGUGAUGAUCGAUCAUAAGAAAAAGGAAUUGAGACUUAUCGACUGGGGAUUAGCUGAAUUCUAUCAUCCAGCACAAGAAUAUAAUGUUAGAGUGGCCAGCAGAUAUUAUAAAGGGCCUGAAUUACUGGUUGAUAUGCAAAUUUACGAUUAUUCAUUGGACAUUUGGAGUAUCGGAUGUAUGAUAGCCGGACUGGUGUUUAAGAAAGAACCUUUCUUUUAUGGCCACGAUAACUAUGACCAACUGGUUAAGAUUGCUAAGGUAUUAGGUACUGAUGGUCUGUCAAAAUAUCUUUCAAAAUUUGGUCUACAACUUGGCCAGCAAUAUCAGGAGACAAUGGGUGUCUAUCCCAGGAGGCCUUGGUACAAAUUUAUUACAUUCGAAAACCAGAAUUUGGCCACGCCUGAAGUUAUUGAUUUGAUCGACAAAAUGCUUGUUUACGAUCAUACCGACAGAAUAACACCCAGAGAAGCUAUGCAGCACCCAUACUUCAAAGGUGUACAAGAGUAA